CAUAGGUGCGCGCGCUCCAAAAAAUAUUUUUUUGUUUUCAUUUCAACCCCUAGUCAUCACCAUCAUAGCUCCUAUCAUUAUUCCAGUGGUUGUCUAGAGUCGAUAUCAGUUUGUAAAUAAAAUCGUCUGCCAGUUUCUUUUUUAUUCCGUUAAGAUCGUUCAGAUUUGAUUGCGAUAUUGGAAUAGUGAAAUCACUUUUUUUAAUAUUUUCUAAAUCGUUUGGCGGCAGAAACAAAUGGAUUUGUUUGCAGUUCUUUUUGUGGAUGUUUGUGACGGAUGAGUGGAAAAUAAUGUUUUUCGUUGGGUGAAAUUAAUUCCUGGAUUAUUUGACACCUGUUGAGCGAAACAAGGAAGUUGAUCCAUGUAUAAUAAAGUUACAUCCAUGUAUUGAAUAAUUGUAUAUACAAGUGGAAUGAAGUGGAAUAAAAGACGUAAAGUGGUUGCAGAUGGUGCACAUUGGAUUCCGUUUAUCGAAAAAGUUAUUCUUCUCACAUUAUUCCUAACAUUCGAAGCAUGUGCAACAUCGAUAGGAACAUGGAUGAACCUUGGCUUGCAAGGAAUUGAUGUUCUAAGAAAUCCUCAAGCCUACUUGCUUGGCGCUCAACCUCUCUGUAGUCGAUUGAGUGGGUUGUCUAGGGGCCAAACUAAAUUAUGUUACCUGUACCAAGAUCAUAUGGCACAUGUCGCCAGAGGGGCGCGUCUCGGCAUUCACGAAUGUCAGUGGCAAUUUAAAAACAGAAGGUGGAACUGUUCCACAGUAGAUGAUUCUAGCGUGUUUGGGCCAGUACUUAAUAUAGGCAGCAGGGAAGCAGGCUUCGCACAUGCUGUAGCUGCUGCUGGAGUGGUCCACACUGUGUCCCGCGGUUGUCGGGACGGCCAACUGUCCAAUUGCGGCUGCAGUAGGGCAAUGCGUCCCAAGAAUCUCCACCGAGACUGGAUCUGGGGUGGAUGUGGUGACAAUAUCGAAUAUGGAUAUCGAUUCACUGAAGGUUUUGUUGAUGUAAAAGAGCGGGAAAUCAACCAUGCUCGGGGUUCUCGUGAACAGGGACGAAAACUCAUGAAUCUCCACAAUAACGAAGCUGGAAGAAGGGCUGUCAUCAGGAAAGUUCGAGUCACUUGCAAGUGCCACGGAGUGUCUGGGUCGUGUUCCCUCGUCACUUGCUGGCAACAACUGGCACCAUUUCGUGAAGUGGGCGACUACCUCAAAGACAAAUACGAUGGGGCUACUGAAGUGAAGAUAAACCAUCGAGGCAAACUCCAGAUUCGCAAUCCUCGAUACAACUUACCCACCGCAGAAGACCUCGUCUAUGUAGAUGAAUCUCCCGACUAUUGCGUCCCCAACGAAGAGACAGGAUCUUGGGGCACGGAGGGACGCGUUUGCAACAGAACUUCUCCCUCCACAGAUGGUUGCAACCUCAUGUGCUGUGGCAGGGGGUACAACACCCACAAAACAACAAUCAAAGAACGCUGCAAAUGCAAAUUCCACUGGUGCUGUUACGUUGAGUGCAAGACAUGUCACUAUGUGCUGGACAUACAGUCUUGUAAAUGAAACUGACUUUAAAAAUUAGCGGCAGUUGUACUUAAAAACAAUGGACAAAUGGUAGCGUUCGCUCAGAAUCAGACAAUUUGAUUUCGACUAUUACCUCCUUUAACCAUUUUAAGAGCAUGGUCCUGUCUACCAUGCUUUAUGAAUAUAACUCGUAAAUGUGUAAAAAGUAUUAUGAAAGAAUCUCUUAAGUUAAUUGGAUAUAGAAAACGAAGGACAUGACUUUAGUAAAAGAUAUCACUCGAUGCAUUUUUUCUUAAUGUAGGUAAAAAAAAAAA